AUGGAGGCAAAUGAGACUGAACGCAGCCAUCAGAACGACGGCCCUCGUGGUGAUGGAGGUGUGGCGGGCGCUACCGAAGGCAUCGGCGAACACCUGGACCUUAAUCAAGGUGGUGUAGGGCCGACCAAUGUCCAAACGGAAGCAGAGCCCGCUCGGGGAUCGCGCGCGUGGAUCGAAAGCAUGGAGAAAAAAACAGAACGUACCCGUUGGCAUCAAAAGGACCAAGCUGUCGGCUUAAAGCGCUUGAGAACCAGUUCGACAUCAGCAGACCACCGGACACCACUAGCCCGACCGGAAACAGAAGAGCGCGAAGUCGAGACGGAGCUUCUAGAGGAUCUCGCAGAUAAUGAGUGGGCAGACAUUGAGCGAGGGCUCGCGCAAUCUAACAUGCAAGUGUGCUUUUUAAUGAAUCCGUUAUCGGUGGUGGUAUCUAACGGUUGCGAGUGGAAGCUGGCUGACUUCAUGACAGAAAACUUGGAGUUCUGUCAGCAGAAUGGCAUCCGCUUCGAAGGCAAUGACCUCUUUCUCGAGCUAAAGGACCAGGCGUAUCUCAAAGGAGUUCCUGUGCGGCAAGACCGGUCACUGUGGCAACUGAUGAAGAGGGGAUAUAUCCCCAUCACGACCAGUGAUACAGUGACAUUGGUAUGGGUACAACCCGCGUACACGGGCAUGUUGGCCACGAACUUGUCUCUGUAUGAGCUAGAGUACCGCAACGGAAAUUACGUAUCUCCAACUCAGCUACGUCAAAUCGUUAAAGCAGUGGGGAGCCACGGAUUGUUUGGUUGUGUCGCACUCCAUGUACAUGAACGAGAAGCAAAGAUGGUCUCCGGCGGCAUGCAUGCGAUACGCUGCAAGGACAUCGCCGCUGCUGUACUCAUUCGUUUGUUCUUUCCAAGUCCAGGUGAAGCCAACUCAGGCGGCUUGUGGAAGCGUGCCAUUGAAGCCAAGAUGGCCACUGUACACACAUCACUAGCAAACAUGACGCGUUAUUGCAAGGCAGCCGAACAACGUUGUCAGACUCUCGAAAACCGAUUGGAUGGGAUGGAUGAGAUCUGGAACGCAAGGAUGGUGCAAAUUGUCGAGUUCGCUCUAGCGAAGCAGACUGCUGCCGCAACACUCCAGGGUCAGCAGCGCAGUGGAGAUCAAGACGACGCAAUGGGCGAAUCACGGAACGAGCCAAACAUUGGCCAUGCACCGAGUCGGGCAGCUGUGGUUAACGAUGACAACCUUCAGACCCAAUCAGGAGCGACGCUGUCCAUUCUUCAGCGGGAGCACUACUCGGGGGACUACAUCGGCGAUGACGUUCCAUCACCGAUCGACGCGGAGCACGAUAUUCGGAUUUGUACGACCAGGGACCACAGUUCGUUCCGCGAGCUCGCAGGCGGUGGCCGCUGGGGCAAUUUGCUGGCCGAGACUGCCGGCAAAACAUGGCAGGACUACCACUACACGGCGGCGAUGCAAGCAGAGAUUGAUAAACAGCUGAAGCAACAUGUUGCACCAGGCUCCGAAGAUACUACGCCGGAAACAAAUGGUAUUCCUGCCGAAAACGACGAAUGUGGACCCAACAUUAGAUGCGUCUAA